AUGGAAGUUCAACCCUCGGCUGCUCUUGCCCAUAUCCCACCUCUGCCCGCUGAACACCCAGUCCCUGGCGUUGCUGAGUUCACUCAGAUGCUUUCCAUGCAGCUCCGCGACAUUCACAUUCUCUCCUCGAUCACCCUCCUCCGGCUUAGAACUGCUGCUACCGACAAAACCCUUUCCCUCUUGGCGUCUUCUCCUCCACAAGAAGAAAGCCAACCCCAAGAGAGCAAUCGCUCCCACUGCAACCACCUGUGGCCUCUGGGUUCCGGAGACCCUUCGUCCGUUGCGCUGGCGUCUACCUUUGAACCGCUGGGGGAGGUAGUGGUGCUCAACGUGGAUGCCGUUGACGCAGAUGGCUCCGUGGUUGGUGCCGAAGAAAUCGCAGUCUCCAAUGACGAAAUGUCAGAUACCAUUGACGCAGCCGUGGUUGACACCAAGGAGGUUGUGGUUAAGCUUGGUGAAGCCGUCGAGGUAACCUCAUCACUGGUGGAGGAUUCUAUUAUUGUCGUUGUCGAAGUCGAUGUAGAAGACGAGGUUUCCGCACUGGAUAUUGCCGGGGGAAAGGACUCAUAG